GCCCCCCUCCCGAAGCCUGCAGCGCCCCCUGUCUGCUUACAGCAGCAGCCUCAGCCUCAACAGUGUAAGCAGUCGAAGCAGCACUCCAGGGAAGCUCCAGGCCCCGCCGCCACCCCACCACCUACCCCCCCAGCCGCCCACCACGCCCUUCCCUCUCUCCGUCCCGAGCCAAGGUGCGCCCCCCCACGGCUACUCCCCCUCCCUACAGCCCUCGCCACACCCUCACCACCCCAAUAUGUUCGCCCCACCGGCGUCCUUGCCCCCGCCUCCGCCGCUCACGCCCAGCACCCUGCCUGUCCCGGGACACCCCGCUGGCAGUGCCUACUCAGAGCAAGACCUGCUGCGUCAGGAGCUGAACACACGCUUCCUGGCCUCGCAGAGCGCCGACCGAGGGGCCUCGCUGGGCCCGCCCCCGUACCUGCGCACCGAGUUCCACCAGCACCAGCACCAGCACCAGCACACGCACCAGCACACGCACCAGCACACCUUCACCCCCUUCCCCCACGCCAUCCCGCCCAGUGCCAUCAUGCCCACCUCUGCACCGCCCAUGGUGCGUACCCCAGCCACAAAUUUUGACAAAUACCCAACAAAAGUCGACCCCUUCUACAGACAUGGACUGUUCCACUCCUACCCUCCAGCUGUGUCCGGAAUUCCUCCCAUGAUCCCCCCCACCGGGCCCUUCGGUUCUCUGCAGGGAGCCUUCCAGCCCAAGACUUCCAAUCCACUGGAUGUGGUGUCGAGACCAGGGGCAGUUCCACACACACUCUUACAGAAGGACCCCAGGCUGGCAGACCCCUUCAGGCCUUUGCUGAGGAAGCCGGGGAAGUGGUGUGCGAUGCACGUUCAUAUCGCCUGGCAGAUUUACCACCAUCAGCAGAAAGUGAAGCAGCAGAUGCAGACAGAUCCACACAAGCUGGACUUCGGGCUGAAGCCCGAGUUUCUCAGUCGCCCCCCUGGCCCCAGCCUCUUUGGGGCGAUCCCACACCCCCACGAUCUGGCACGGCCCGCCACCCUCUUCUCCACAGCAGGUUCUGCGCACCCCUCUGCCACGCCCUUUGGACACCCGCCUCAUCACCCCGGCAGCUUCCUCAGCCCCGCCUCGCACCUGGAGCCAUACAACAGAGCAGCUUCAUUUGGAGGUCUGGGCUCACUGAGCUCUGCUGCUUUUGGUGGUCUGGGAAACCCUGCACUAGCUCCCAACUCCAUGUUCAACAACAAGGAUAACCCGACCGCCAGCGCUCAGGAGCCGUGGAACAGACUCCACCGCACGCCACCCUCCUUCCCCACCCCCCCGCCCUGGCUGAAGCCAGGGGACAGCGACCGCAGGUCCUCCGACAGGAGGGCCUCCUCUGUGGGCAAGGACGACAAGGAGAGGGACAUCUUUGAGAAGCGCCACCAGAGUCACCCGUCCCCUGCUCCUGUGAACUCCGCCAGCUCCCAGGCCCAGAAGCAGCCCCCGGAGCUGCCCCGAGGGCCGCCGCCCGGAGAGCCCAGGGACAAAGCCAAGGAGCGAGAGAGAGAGCGUGAGCACUCCGAGUCCCGGAGGGAGGCCGAGGAAGCCAAGCACAAGGAGCACCCCCACAGCGAGAAGAACGGGCCCGGUAUCCACGACGACAAGCCGCCCUAUAUACGGGCGGGCGUGGAGCAGCGCCCCAGCAGCAGGAUGGGGCGAGAGCCGGGUGAGAAGAAGGGUGAGCCGGAGUACGAGCCCCCCAGGAAGGGGGGAGAGGUCAAGGUGAAGGAAGAGAGGAAGGAGGAGCAGGAGGGCCCCAAUGAACGCCCACCCCGGGUCACCCCCACGCCCGGCAUCCACCCAUCCUCCUCCAUGUCCUCCAUGCCCGUGGGCGUGACCGGGGCUCACCACAUGAACGGGCUUGGCGGCCUGGAAAGGACUCGUGUGGUCACCCCCUUCAUGGGCCUCAGCCCCCUGCCAGGAGCGGAGAGGUUCCCCUUCCCCCCGUUCCACUGGGACCCCAUGAGGGACCCGCUGCGGGACGCCUACCGGGGCCUGGAGAUGCACCGCAGAGACCCCUUGGCCAGAGACCUGCUGCUAAGGAACGACCCGCUGCACCGGCUGGCGGGGGCCCGGCUGUACGAGGCCGAGCGCUCAUACCGGGACAGGGAGCCGCACGACUACAACCGGGGCCAACACCCCCACCUGCUGGCAGUGGAGCAGCAGCGCAGGGAGCAUGAGAGGGCGCACCUGGAGGAGCGGGAGCGUCUGCACAUGCUCAGAGAGGACUACGAGCACGGGCGCCUGCACCACAUGCACCCCGCCGCCCUCGACCCCCAGGUCCCCCACCCCGGCCUCAUGGCCCCCGGAUUUCCCAGCAUGCACUUCCCUCGGGUCAGCCCCUUGUCUGCGCACCAGAACGGCAUUCUCAACAAGACUCCGCCCACCGCCUCCCUGAGUGCACCGCCCCCCUUGAUCCCAGCGCUGGGGGUGCGUCCGGGGUCCCCCAGAAGGACUACGUCGCUCGUGACAGACAUUAGAGACAGACCCCCCUCUCAUGCUCACAAAGAUAUUGAGGCGCGGUGAACCCCGCUAUAGACAAACGCCCACGACUCUGUGCCUGACUCUGAACUCUACGAGCACUUAGCACUGGGUGGGUCAGAGUGUAUUAUAGCCAUCAUGUAUGUAUCAUGUAUAAAUAUGUGAGAAAA